AUGAGCGAUUCCCAGAGGCACAGUAAAAAGAGAAAGUUUAAUGAAGUUUCAAAUGAUCUUAAGAAGGAUGAGGAACUUUUAUUUGGGUAUUUAACUUUAUAGUAGUCAAAUAAUGAAUAUAGAUCAGGAGACAAAGAAGAAGGUGACUAUGAACAUGUAGAUGAAGCAAUGGAAGAUGAUAAUGAUGUUUAUGAAGAGGAUGAUAGAGAGAGACAUGGAAUUGUUGAGUCUGAGGACGACGGAGAGGAUCUCCUAGAAAAUAUGGAGCAAGAUUAUGAGAGGAAAGAUGAACUUGACAGAUAUGAAGCUGAUGGAAUUGAUGAUGAAGAUCAAGAAGAGCUUGACUACAAUGAUAGAAGGGAAGUUGAUAGAAAGUUAGCAGAGGAAGCGAGAUACAAGUAAAGAAAUAAGUCAAGAAUUCCAGGUGCUUUCAUGGAUGAUGAAAAUGAGUUCUCAGAAGAGGAUGAACUACAGAGAUAAAUUAGAUUGGAAAGAAUGAAGUAAUUAAGAUAAGACCGCGAAAUGGAUUAUAAUUAAGAUGUUAACAUGCAAGAUGUCCUAGACUAUGAAGAUGUUAAAGGGAAGUUAUCUGCUUGGGUUUAAAGACCUGAAGUAACAAGAUGGAUUAGAAAAGUUUUUGCUCACUUCCUUAGAACAUUCAACGAUGAAAAUCAAUAAAAUGUACAUGAACAAAAGAUUAACGAGAUGUGCUCCAAUAACAAAUAAUCUUUGGAAAUUAACUUCACUCACCUUUCAUAAAAGUAUCCUACUCUUGCAAUUUGGCUAGCAGAGGAACCAGCAUUAAUACUACCUAUUUUCAAUAUUGUUGCAUACGAUAUUACUCUAGAGCUUUUCCCGGAAUACAACAAAAUCCACAAGGUUAUCUAUGUCAGAAUUGGUGGACUUCCUGUGGAAGAUAAGUUAAGAGAUUUAAGGCAAAUUCACUUGAGUGCACUGAUAAAAAUUAGAGGAGUAGUUACUAAGAGGACAAAUAUAAUGCCAGAACUCACCUAGAUGUUCUUUAAAUGCAAUUGUGGAGAUAUAAAAGGACCGAUAUUCCACAAUACUUAUGUAGAAGCUAAGUCAUACCUAGGUUAAUGUGUUAUGUGUCAAGCGAAUGGACCAUAUACCCUCGACGAAACAAAAACUAUUUACAGAAACUACCAGAAGAUGACACUUUAAGAGACUCCAGGAACUGUCCCACCUGGAAGAGUACCCAGGCAAAAGGAAGUCUAUGUUCUUCAAGAUUUAGUGGAUUCAGCAAGACCAGGUGACGAAGUCGAGGUUACAGGUAUUUUUGUUAACAGAUUCGAAUAUAUGGCAAAUCUAAAGCACGGAUUCCCGGUGUUUACCACCAUUAUUGAAGCUAAUAAUAUUAAGAGACAAGGCGAUGAAGAAAUUUACGAUUUGACUGAUGAGGAUAAGCAACAAAUCAUUUAACUAUCAAAAUCAAGCAAUAUUGGUAAAAAGAUUAUUGACUCAAUUGCUCCAAGUAUUUACGGUCACAAAUAUGUGAAGAAAGCUCUAGCACUCUGCAUGUUUGGAGGAGAGGCUAAGGAUAUUGGCGGUAAGCAUAGAAUCAGAGGAGACAUUAAUUGCCUCUUGCUAGGAGAUCCUGGUACCGCAAAAUCAUAAUUUUUGAAAUAUGUCGAGCAAGUAUUCCACAGAUGUGUAUACACUACUGGUAAAGGAGCCUCAGCUGUCGGUCUCACUGCUGGAGUCCACAAAGAUCCUAUCUCUGGAGAGUGGACCCUUGAAGGAGGUGCUCUUGUACUUGCUGAUAAAGGAGUAUGUUUAAUUGAUGAGUUUGAUAAAAUGAAUGACAGCGAUAGAACAUCUAUCCAUGAAGCUAUGGAGCAACAAUCAAUUUCUAUUUCAAAAGCUGGUAUUGUUACCUCUCUUUAAGCCAGAUGCACUGUCAUUGCAGCUGCCAAUCCUAUUAAGGGAACAUACAACAACGCUCUAAACUUUGUUGAUAAUGUUGAUUUGACUGAUCCUAUCUUAUCAAGAUUCGACAUUCUGACAGUAAUUAAAGAUGAAGUAAAUGAGGAGGCUGACGAUGCUCUUGCUACAUUCGUUAUAAAUUCUCAUAUUAAGAGUCAUCCAGAAGUUCAAAGAGACCUCAAGAUAGGAGCGGAAAAUGAGGCUGAGGCUGAACCCGAGGAAAUUGAAAGAAGAGAAGCUACAAAAGAAUGGCUUCAAAGAAAUCUAUUAGAUGAUAAUAGAAUUUUAAGCUAAGUUAAUGAAGAGACUAUUACUCAAGAUCUCCUGAAAAAGUAUAUUAUGUAUGCAAGAAAAUACGUUCAUCCUAAACUUAACGAAAUCGAUAAGGACAAGGUCACUCAAUUCUAUGCUGACAUUCGCCGCGAAUCAACCAUCGUUGGAGGUAUUCCAAUCGCAGUCCGUCAUAUUGAGUCAGUUUUAAGAAUGUCUGAAGCUCAUGCUAAAAUGCAUUUGAGAGAUUAUGUGAGAAGUGACGAUAUUGACUAAGCCAUUGAGAUGCUCUUGGAGAGUUUCCUGCAAUCUCAAAAGCUCUCAGUUGCAAGGCAACUUGGCAAGAAAUUUGAGCAAUACAAAUCAAAGAAGUCUGAUCCGAAUCAACUUCUCGUUCAUCUACUCAAGAAAAUGGUCAAUGACAGAGCAAUCUAUGAGAAAUUCAUAAAGGGCAUUGAGGAGGUUGAAAAGAUUGAGGUAAAGAUUCCGAUUGAAUAGUUUGAACACGAGGCCAGAGAUUUUUCCAACCACAAUCUUACAGAUUUCUACAAGUCAGGACUAUUCAGUAAGGACUACAAAGUCGAUGGAAGAUUUAUUCAAUCAACACUUAAACUAUGA